CGUGGUUGAAAACUUCCAAAAUGAUCAGAGAAAUCCUUUGUACCUCGACGGAACCGUCCUUUGUGGAGCACGUAACCAAAACAGUGCCAAUGUAUUGCUGUACCACUGUCAGCCAAUUACCUGAACUGCCGAAAGGAUAUUCAGCAAGAUGUCUCCGACCCGAGGACUAUGAAACGAUUUUAACGGGUGUGUGGUAUAAGGAUUUCGACUUCGUCAAAAGCGUAAAACGAGUUUUGGCUCUAGGAGCUCUCAGUGUUGGAGUUGAGGACUCCUCUGGCAAGUUGGUUGCCUGGACACUGCAACACAUGAGUGGAAUGUUGGGAAUGACAUUCGUCAUACCGGAACACAGGAACAAAAAACUAGGGAAAUACGUAACUGUGGCUCUCACGCAGAAAAUGAUAGCUCAAGAUGGAUUCUGUUUGGCCGGGAUAGAGGAAAAGAAUUCAGUAUCAGUAGCAUUACAUGAAGGAGUUGGGUUUACCAAAAUGGACCAGCCAUUCCAUAUUGGAAUGUAUUACCAUAACGGGUUUGACGUUAAUAUACAACAUCUCAGAAUGCCAUCUCAAGCGGGAAAAAAUUGGAAAUAGAUAUAUCUCUUCAGUUUUUGACUUUUACAAUUAUCAUUAAUGUUUACUUUAAAAAACGAAAUAUCUCACGUAACGUUAUCAGGAUAGUGUGCUGUAAUGACCUUUGUUCCACAUUAAAAUGACCGUGUGUCAUGGCACAAUGAUUGUGUGUAAUG